GGGUCAACACGUUCUGGUCCGAUUCAGUGUUCUUUUCUUUACAUUUCGGUUUCUAUAUAUUUCGGGUCGGGUUCAGGCAUGAUUGUGCACCGCUUCACAACCCUGCUUUUAUACCUUAAUCACUUCCCAACUUUAAACCCAUAUCAAUUCAAUUGCUUUUCUCCUUUGUUCUUCUGAUCAUAUCAUUUGAAUCCAACUGUAGAUCAUAAAAAGAUUUAAGGCGUUGAAGAUUGCCACUUUAUUGAUUUUACCAAAGGCGAUCUUAUAGAGAAACAAUCAUGUUUACACGAGUGUUUGGAAAGCCAAAGCAAGAAUCUUCUAAUACUGUAACAUCAUUAGACAAAUUAAAUGAGACGCUUGAAAUGCUGGAGAAGAAAGAAAGAGUGCUUUUGAAGAAGGCUUCUGCGGAGGUGGAGAAGGCCAAAGACUAUACCAGAGCAAAGAACAAAAAGGCGGCAAUACAAUGUUUAAAGAGGAAGAAGCUCUAUGAGCAACAAGUUGAGCAACUUGGCAACUUCCAAUUGCGUAUACAUGACCAGAUGAUCAUGUUAGAAGGUGCAAAAGCUACAACAGAAACCGUUGAUGCUUUGAGAACUGGUGCAGCAGCAAUGAAGGCCAUGCAGAAAGCAACGAAUAUUGACGAUGUUGACAAGACUAUGGAUGAAAUAAACGAACAAACCGAAAACAUGAAACUAAUUCAGGAGGCAUUGGCAACACCCAUGGGUGCAGCUGCUGAUUUUGAUGAUGACGAAUUAGAAGCCGAACUUGAAGAACUAGAAGGAGCUGAGUUGGAGGAACAGCUUCUCCAACCUGCCACCACCGCUCCUGCCGCUCCGGUGCAGCCGAAAUGGCACUUUAAGAAAAGGAGAUGUAUUGAAACAUACACCAUGAAAAAACUGUGUUAAGUUAUUUGCUUGUAUAGUUUGUGAUUGUAGACUAAAUAACAAGUUGGAAUACGAGUAUUGUAUUAUACAUUGAAGAUCAUAAAGAACCCGCAACUUAUAUAUGAGUGUUUAUUUAGUCAUUAAACUAUUUUUUUGUACGUAAUUUAUCAUUACACUCUUUCUAAAUGUUCAAAAACUCCCAUUCUGGCAUAGUGUUAUAG